AUGCUCCGAGUGUCAUGCACAACGAGACGGUACAACUCAACCGAAGCCGCUGCCGUAAACCCCAAGAUUGCCGACAUUGUCGACCAGAUCAGCAAGCUCACGCUGCUGGAGACUGCCGAUCUCGUCUCAAGCCUAAAAAGCACGCUGAACAUUCCCGACAUGCCCAUCGGUGGCUUCGCUGCUGCCCCUGCCGCUGCCGCCCCCGCUGCUGCUGCUGAGGAAGCCGAGGAGGCCCCUGCUGCCCCCGCCGAGAAGACUCUCUUCACAUUGAAGCUGCAGUCAAUCGAUGCCACCGCCAAGGCCAAGAUCAUCAAGGAGGUCAAGGGUAUGCUGGGCCUGAGUCUGGUCGACAGCAAGAAGUUUGUUGAGAGCGCACCCAAGAUGAUGAAGGAGAACGUGCCCAAGGAGGACGCAGAGAAGAUCAUUGCCACCAUGAAGGAGCUUGGUGCGGUGGUCGUGAUGGAGUAA